AUGUUGCGUGUGCCAUUAGGCAAAGACCUUGAGAUUCACAUGCUGCCAAUGCGUCCCAAGGCGUCCAAAAGUACAGGUGGUCUAUGGCUCCAUCAGAACCUCGCAAUCAUUGCAUCGAAAUCAUUGGCUCCUUUAGUGCAUAAGAACGUAGCAGGUAUUGACCAGGAGCGUCCAGCCAGUAGUCCAUGUCCGUCUUCCUCUAGUUGUGGUAAUAGUAAAAGUAGUAUCGACUUUAGCCCACAUUCUAGUGGCAAUACGAGUGCCAGUGAAGAGGAAGCUUCUGCUGCUAAUGGGGGAGGAGGAGACGACCAAAAGGAAAAGAAAGAGGACACAGAGGACGGGAAUAGCAGCGAUUCCAGUAGCACAAGUGACAGUUCAGUGCAAGAAAGUGAAUCAGAAAAAGAAGAUGACGAUGAUAAUGGUGUUUUGAUUGAUACAAACAAUGACAAGGACACUUACGAUGGUGUCGACCCUACAGAUGAUGACGAUAGUGAAGAGAGUGAUGGAAAUUCGGAUCUGGAGAAUUCGUACCCCCGACUUCCACCUGCACCAGUGGAUACGCUUAUUAAAUCCCGACAGCAGGAAGCAUACAAAGAUUUGCAGCUUACGGAGAAGAUGAAGCAGAAGGUGAUUGCAGACGCUAGGCAACGACACCAAGAGCGACAACAAGCACAACGCUCUAAGAAGAAGACACCAAAUUCUAAGCGGCAGCGCUCGAAGAGUGAUGUGGUGUCCAACAAAUCGACGCGCCUUGAGAGGCGUCACUCUAGCACUGAUGUGGUGAAGACUCUACAGGAACAGGAAGGAGACGAGUGGAUCGUCGACUGCUCUUGUGGAGUGAACAAGAAAAAUUAUGACGACGGAACCUCCAUGAUUGAAUGCGAUAGCUGUUCGCAUUGGGUGCAUGCGAAAUGUGCAGACAAGCAGCCUGAGACAGUGGCGCGGGAGAAGUUUCUGUGCUUUCGCUGUUGCUGGAUGUUCGAUUGUGUGUGCUCCGUUCGUCGUCAACCCAAUCAUGACGAUGGUCAGCGAAUGGUGGAAUGUGAAAGCUGCAAAACAUGGCAACAUACAGAAUGUGUCCGUAUACCGAUGACAGAGGAACCAGCAGACGAUUAUCGAUGUCCACGCUGUGUGAGGAAAGCGCGCCGGCGAAAAUUUGCAGCGAAGGGAAGUAGAAGCCGUGAUCGCCAACGGAAGCGAAGUCAUGCUAAAUCAUCGCGACCCCACCCAAAAAGCGCGGAUACAUCUCCAGUGGUUGCGAUGAAAGUGCGAUCUACGGCUCGAUUUCUCGAUACGUUGACGACGUCAACUCGUUCACACCGAAGCAAACGAGUUGAUAUAAAGACAUCGUCCAAGAUGGAUAAAAAGGGAGCUAUCGCUGCUCCUGUGCUUUCUUCUCCUCCAAGUUUAGCCGUCUCUCCUUCGUCCACUCCUCCUCCCCCUUCAUCACCCCCACCACCUUCGGUAGUAUCCUCUCGUGCGCAUUCGGGGUAUGCAAAGCAUGAUCGUGAUCGUGGGCACAUCAAAAGACGGAGUGAGAGGAAGGAAGAGCAUUCAUCUGGAUCUAAUGCCUUGUCAUGUCGAACGCGCUGCCGGUCACUGGGUAGCUGCCAAUCAUCUGCAGAAAAAACACAUUCGGAUUCGAGCGAAAAGAAGCACUACGCUGCACCUCCAACUGCUGUGACGCCGUCACCAAGGGGUAAAGGAUUUAUGCUUCGAGGGUACUCUCCUGCUGCUGCCAGAACAAGUGCGUCUUCUUCACGGGCUGUGGACACACGCCCUCCGCUACCGCUCAUCCCACCGUCGGCGGGAACUAGCAGUGGGAACAACAAUAAUAGUUACAACAGCCACGGCCGCAAACGCAACGUGAGCUCAGCGCGAGAUCGGCUGGCAAAAAAGCUGAAGAUCAGGAAGUCGUCGCUGCGGUGA